UCCCAUUAUGUUACUCCCUCGGGAACCAAGCUAUACCGAUUGUUUUCACCGACGGAACAUAAUAUGCGUAACACGAUAACUCUAAAAUAAGAAUGAGGUAAGAUGCCCAACUUAACUCUCCCAAGGGUGAUGAGAUCGUUUAGGUGCGGGACCAGAGGUCUCAAAUGAAAAUGAAGUCUCAGAGGUUCCACUGGGUUUGUCUAGUUAUUGUUACACUGUCAGUGUUGUUAUGGUACGUUCACAUGACGAGGUCAGAUGGGUCCACCGGUAACAUGGGCCUCCAAGGAUACGUCAGGAUUAUCCCUGGCAGGAUGGAUCAGUUUCUGAACAUGCACUGCACCCAGUGUGCCUUGGUUUCGAGCUCAGGCCAGAUGCAGGGGGCUGAUCUCGGAAAGGAGAUUGACCAGAUGGGGUGUGUGAUCCGCAUGAACAACGCCCCCACAGAGGGGUACGAGCUGGAUGUAGGGAGCAAGACUAGUCUGAGGGUCGUAUCCCACACCAGUGUUCCCCUGUUGAUGAAAAACGAGAGUUAUUACUUCAGGCACUCUGCAGACACUGUUUAUGUUUUUUGGGGUCCUGAGCGGAACAUGAGGCAGGAUGGGAAAGGGCAAAUAUUUAAUGCCUUGAUGAAGAUGGCCACGAAGCACCCACAGGUCAAAAUGUACAUGGUGACUCGGGAGAAGGUGCAGUACUGUGACCGUGUGUUUCAGAACGAGACCGGGAAGAACAGAAUGAAGUCCGGUGCUUUUCUUAGCACUGGUUUCUUCACCAUGAUCCUGCUCAUGGAUAUGUGUGACAGUAUUCAUGUCUAUGGGAUGAUUGAUGAUAAGUACUGCAGCCGUGCCGGUCACAGUGUCGUCCCCUACCACUACUACGAGAAGGGCCGGGUGGACGAGUGCCGCAUGUACCGAAUGCACGAGCGUGCGCGGCACGGAGGCCACCGUUUCAUCACAGAGAAGGCCAUCUACGCCCGAUGGGCGUCACGAAACAGUGUUGAAUUUAAACACCCAUCCUGGAACCUGCAGGAGAGCAGCCGUGACCCUUGAAUUAGUUUUCAUUGUUAUUAAAAAUGAAUACAGUGAAUUUUGACUGCGUGCAGUUCCCCCACCGACCACAAGUAUUCAUGUUUUUAUAAUGUAGUACCAAAAAAAUCAUAGUACCACAUUAUAAACACUAUUAAAUUGAAGCCACUUUUUGAAGAUUCAGUGGUGCCAAAUCAACUGCGAUUGUUAAUGUCUUUCAUUGUUUGCCUUUUUGUUUCUGCACUCUUAUGGGACAAUGUUCUGUAAUUAUGUUUUUGUUGCACUGAUUGUUCAAGAUCUCUUUUUUUUUUCUGUUCAUGCUGUAUGUACAUGUAUUUCAAUCAUGGACUAUCAUUUUGGCCAUCACAGUUGUAAUAAUAUUAAUAACGUUUAAAACUUUUUAGGGACAAUGAAACUCUAACACUGUUCAUUUACUGUCAGUGGAAGUAUCACCCAAAAGUGUGCCUUUUCCUUCAUGUUUCUCCUGCCUGUUAUUUUAUAUGUGGUGACUUUGGUUGUUGCAUGACUAGAUGAAAAUUGUGUAAUAUUUGCAUACGUUAUAUGCGCUAUUCUGGUGGUGUUAUGCUGUUUACAAAGUUUGAUAAUGCUAGUCAUUUCCAUGGACAGACUCUUAAUUGUCCGGGUUGUUUUUUCAUGUUUUCACUGGAUUCUUUGAAACUGUUACACUCCAUUAUUUUAGCAAAUAUGAAAUGCUCUGGAACUGCCUCUAUAUUUUUUUUGAUUUAUUUUAAAUGUUUUGAACAAUGA